AUGGCUAAAAGACCAUUGGGGCUAGGAAAGAGCAGCAAGCAGAAGAAGCAAAAGAAGGAAGGUGAGGAUGGUAAAAAGAAGAGUGUAGAGCCAUCACCUGAGGCAGGGCAAAACCAGAUUGAGAUCACUUUAGAUGAGAAUGAGAAUGCUGAUGACGAAUUAGUUCAAUUGCAGGGUCUUUGGAAGACUUUUCUGGAGGAUAAGGAGAACCAGUUGUUGUUGAACGGUGUGGUUCACGAAUGUGACAGACUAUUGCGCGAACAAGCAAAUGACGAGAAGAUCAAGCUUAACGAUGUUUUCCAUUCGAUUUAUGCACAAGCUCUAGCCGAGCUCACUGUAUUUUUGGCUGAGGAGGAUGACGAGGAGAAGAGGUACAAACAGAUGCAUGAGUUUUUCGAAGCUGCUUUGGAUAGACAGAGAUUGGGUGCCGAGAAGUACCCUGAAUCCAAGGUAUUGUCCCUUAUUAAGAGUAAGAUUAUCUUGCAAAGGAUUCCAUUACAGUACAUUUCUCAACUUACCGUUGAAGAUGAGAAUGAAGAGAAAUAUAGACUUCAUGAGUUGUUAGAGGAAGCCAAAGAAGCUUUCUUACACGUCCCAGGACAUGAACAGUUAGCCUACGAUGUCAUGUUGAGUUUCUACGACUUGUUAGACAUUAUCGAAACCUUCGAGGAUAAAGAAGAAUUGGAAGAGGGUCUAGAUAGUGACGAUGAAGAAGAAGUUGUUGAAAUUGAACUACCUAAGAAACAUCCUUUGAAAAAAAUCAAGAACCAGUUAGGUGACAACUACAAAUGGCUUGAAUCCAGACUUGUCCACCUGUUCAAUUCGUUAUCAGAAACUAAACCUAAGCAAGAAAAGAAAGAUGACUCUGGAGAUGAGUUAUCGAAACAAGUUGCCAGUACUCUUGGCCAGUUGUACCUAAAGUUAGCUGAAGAACCUUCGAAGACUUUUGCAGAAUUAAUGUACGAUAGUGAUGAUGAAGAACAAACUGACAAAAAGUCCUUGAAGAAAGCAAAGAAGUUACAAUCUGAAGCUAUUCCUCUAGUGCAAAAUGCUAUCAAAUAUCUUGAAGAAGCAAGAGUUGAUGAUGAUCCACAAACUUGGGUCGACGUCGCAGAAGCCAUCAUCGAUUUGGGCAACUUGUAUGAUUACGAAUCAAAGGAACAAGAAGAGUCUUACAAGAAAGCCGAAGACAUUUUACGUAAAGCAAAUAAAGCUGCUCACGGAAAAUACCAGGUUAUCUUGGACAACCUAGUAGAGAACCAAUGA